UUUUUGAAUCUUCUGUUAUCGGCUCUUGUCUCCCGGACUUCUCUCUCUUAAAUCUCUCUCUCUCUCUCUAAAAAGAUUCAGGAGUACAUGCUCCUUGAUCUUGUUCGAUUCAAUCUUUGCCUCCUCAUCCUCUUCGUACUUGUCUUUUUAAUCUAAUAUAUAUUAUAUAUACAUAUAUAUAGUCUAUUUAGCCGUUGUUGUUUCGGUUGUUGGUGAAAGUAAAAGAAAGAGAGAGGAGAGAGAGGGAGAGAAGCAAAGAAAGGUAAAAGAAACCAAACAAACACACAAAGAAAAUGCCGGGCUCUUUCGCCGUUGCGUUUUCGCUCUUCUUGGCGUUUUCCGCUGUGGUUUUCCCCGCGGCGGUGGUGCUCUGUGGGUUUCCGGCGACUCUGACUCUGGAAAGAGCUUUUCCGACGAGUCACGGUGUUGAAUUGAAUCGACUCAUAGCUCGUGACAGGUUAAGACACGAUCGAAUCUUGCAGUCUUCUUCAGGUGUUGCUAAUUUUCCAGUCGAAGGCACCUAUGAUCCCUUCCUUGUUGGGCUUUAUUUUACCAGAGUUCAAUUGGGCUCUCCUCCAAAAGAAUUCUAUGUGCAAAUUGAUACUGGAAGUGAUGUCUUGUGGGUCAGUUGCAAUGCCUGCAACGGUUGUCCCACAUCAAGUGGGCUCAAAAUCCCUCUCAACUUCUUCGAUGCUUCAAGCUCAUCGACAGCUUCACUGAUCUCUUGUUCAGACCAAAGAUGUUCUCUAGGAGUUCAAUCCUCAGAUUCUGUUUGUUCGACUCAGAACAAUCAGUGCAGUUACGCAUUCCAAUAUGGAGACGGAAGUGGGACAUCUGGGUAUUAUGUAUCAGAUAUGAUGCAUCUCAACACAGUCGUUGGGAAUUCAUUGACCUCUAACACUUCAGCUUCUGUUGUCUUUGGUUGUAGCACAUCACAGACUGGGGACUUGACAAAGUCAGAUAGAGCCGUUGAUGGGAUCUUUGGAUUUGGUCAGCAGGGCUUGUCGAUAAUCUCUCAACUUUCUUCACAGGGUAUAACCCCUAAUGCCUUCUCACAUUGCUUGAAUGGGAAUGGCGGUGGUGGUAUCCUGGUUAUUGGUGCGAUCGUGGAGCCAAAUAUAGUUUAUAGUCCACUUGUACCAUCACAGCCACACUAUAAUUUGAAUUUGCAAAGCAUUGCUGUCAAUGGGCAGCCAUUAAACGUGGAUCCUUCAGUGUUUACAACAUCAAGUAACCAAGGAACCAUAGUUGAUUCCGGAACAACUUUAGCAUACCUUGCCGAAGCAGUGUAUGAUCCUUUUGUCAAUGCUAUUACAGCGGCUGUUUCGCAGUCCGUGAGUCCUGUUCUUUCCAAGGGAAAUCAGUGCUAUCUAAUCGCAUCCAGUGUGUCUGAUAUAUUUCCAACAGUAAGUUUAAACUUUGCUGGCGGAGCAUCCAUGAUUCUAAAACCUGAGGACUACCUUCUACAGCAAAGUUCCGCUGGUGGUGCUGCUGCAGCAUGGUGCAUCGGAUUCCAGAAAAUGCAAGGUCAACAGAUCACAAUUUUAGGAGGUAUGAACGCCUAAAGAGCUUUCUUUUCUUAGAGAAUAAAAGAAAAGGAAAAAAAAAAAAGUACAGAAAAGGAAGAAAGGAAAAAAAGAA